UGUGAAAACCAAAGUUAGGCAAAAAUUCCAUGCUAUUAUUAUGUCCCUUUUUUAUAUUUGAAUGUGUUCUGUUCCCUUAUUUGUGUUGAGUCAGUCCUCCUAUAACUCUUCAAGCUUUUCCACUUGUUCAUGCUUUUUAAGCCUUAAACAAAACUUUUAUUACUAUAGGUUGUUGUAGAAGAAUUUUUGUUAAGCAAUUUUCUAAGAUGUGGCAAAGAAGCCACGAAAAGGGUUCUUUAGAUGAGAUUAAAUUGGAGCUUAGACUUGCUCCACCUGGUGAACAAAAUGAAAAAAGCAUUAAAAAUACAUUAAACUUGCAGGAUGUUGAGAAUAAUGCAUUUUCAAUGCCUUCUUCUGUUAAUUCAGCUUUGUCUAACAGAUCUCAGAAUAGAAAUGGUUCUAGUCCAGUAGUUGGUUGGCCUCCGAUUCGUUCUUACAGGAAGAACAUUGCAACCGGAGGCUCUUCUAAGUCGCCAACCGAGUCGAGGCUUGUGGUUCCGGACACGGUUGAAGCUUGCAACAAACCUAUUAACAACUCUUGUAAAGGUUUGUUUGUGAAGAUCCAUAUGGAUGGUGUUCCUAUUGGAAGAAAAAUAAACAUUAAUGCUUAUGACAGCUAUGAAAAACUUUCCUCUGCUGUUGAUCAGCUCUUUAGAAGCCUACUCGAAGAGAUGAAUUUAUCUCACUACUAUUCUGCUAAAAGAGAUUCCUCUAGAAAUAACAAGAAGCAAGAGGAAGAUAAAAGCUCAACAGGUUCAUUGAUUGGAAGUGGGGAAUAUACUCUUGUUUAUGAGGAUAAUGAAGGAGACAAGAUGCUUGUUGGGGAUGUGCCAUGGCACAUGUUUGUAUCAACAGUGAAGAGGCUGAGAGUGUCCAAGACUUCUGAUAUUCCUGCUUUUAACCUUGGUAGUAAGAAAGACUAGAUCGAUCUACCACUUGACUCAACAAUGCAAACGAAGGAGUAGUUCAAGGAAUAGUAAUUUCAACUUCCAACUAAAUAAUGUGCAUCAAUGAAUGUAACCUUUUUAGUAUAUGCCCACUAAUUCAAAUAUUUCAUUCUUGAUAAAU